UUUUUUUGGUGCUGGUAGCACUCCCGCGAACAUGGUGAACGUUCCUAAAACCCGCCGGACUUUCUGUAAGAAGUGUGGCAAGCACCAACCCCACAAAGUGACACAGUAUAAGAAGGGCAAAGAUUCUCUAUAUGCCCAGGGAAAGCGGCGUUAUGACAGGAAACAGAGUGGAUAUGGUGGGCAGACUAAGCCAAUUUUCCGGAAGAAGGCUAAAACUACAAAGAAGAUUGUGUUGAGGCUUGAAUGUGUUGAGCCCAACUGCAGAUCUAAGAGAAUGCUGGCUAUUAAAAGAUGCAAGCAUUUUGAACUGGGAGGAGAUAAGAAGAGAAAGGGGCAGGUGAUCCAGUUCUAAGCUUCAUCUUGUUUUAUUACCAAGAAAAUAAAAUCUUGACAUCAUGUUCA